AUGGAAAAACAUAAGGAUUUGUUUGGCUUUGAAUUUCCCAAAAAAUUUUGAAAUACUGAGUUCUAUAAGACUUACACAUAAAAAUUGUUAUAUAAACGCACCCUACUUUUUGGCACAAUUUUAACCUUAUGGUAAAGGUGAAUUGGGCGAGAAACCAGUCGAGAUUCAGGUCUGAUAUAGGUUUAUGUAUUUCUGGAUAGGUAGUUAACUUAACAAUAUCCUUCGGGACAGAAGGUGGAACUCACCUUGAUAUCAGGGGCUAUGACCUGAGACCAGUGAUUAAGAUUUUUUUCCUGUAGAUGAGGACGGGCACACAGCAUCCAUGAAAUUCCGGGGGUUUUCCUGGGUCAUGCUAUAACCAAAUCACCUGGUGCAGGGCCACAGAAGUCCAUUGUCCACCACUCAACACUGAAGCCUUCAAGUCAAGGAGGAGACUUUCUCAGCACACAACACUCCAGAAUCCCUUGGCAUCAGGGGCUGGAGAAGGAGCAAGGUUUUGCCGAUGCUUUCUUUACCUAUCUCAAACUGGUCAAGUUUCCGACAAGGAAUGUCGCAAAGCGGAUGAUCCCUUUGCAUUAGGGUUCUUGGUGAUUCUGUAACCAAUACGGCCAGCACAUCUGUUAAUUUAAGUUUAAGUCUAACAGUUCUAUAAGACAACAAGCCCAUUGAAAGAGCUAUUAAGCUCUGGAAAAGGAAGAAGAAGAAAUCGGAUGUUAAUUUCAAAUAAAAUAGAAAAUUUAAAGGAAAUAAAAUCAAUUUUGGAAGAAACCAUUAAGGAAAAUAGCAAUUCUAUGCAUAAGCCAAGGUGAAAUUCUGAAAAUGAAGAAAUUAAAAAGAUUAAGAAUGAGUCUAUGAAGAGAUCUAUUAGCAGCGAAAACAAUAAAAAGAAAAAAACGUUCCUGCUAAUUUCUAAUCAUUCUGUCUCCCCACAUACAUAUUUGCCAUCACCGAUAAAAUUCCCAGCUCCUAGAAAGAAUUUUUUUGCGAAAAGGUAUAGUAAAAUCCCAAAUGUAAAUAAAAAAGAAAAUUGUCUAAAUUUACAAAUUAUUAAUAUACAGAAUUAAAAUGAUUGAAAAUCUAGCAUAAAAAUAUGAAAUAAUUAAGCUUUGAAAGCAUAGUAAACCUACAGCAAUUAAAUCAAUGUUUUUCAAGCAAAGGGAAGCUUCGAAUUUAGAUGAAGAUAAAGAAAUAAAUAAAGAUUUAAGCUCGGGGAAUUUGUUUAGGGAUAUUGAUUUGCGGGACUUCAAACGGAUUACGUUUGAUAGUGAUGAUAGCUGCUCUAAUGAGAGCUACGGAAACUUUGAAAUGACCCCGAAGCUUAUGAAACGUCACUUUAAUUAA